CUCUCUCUCUCUCUCCCCCUCUAUCAUGCUUGAUACCACCCAGUGCUGCACUCCAUCUCCAGGAAUAACCAACACACAAGAGAUGCCCUCCUGUGUUUGAAAACAAUAGCUUCCCUCUCUCUCUCUCUCUUUCCUUUCAACUCCCAGCAAGACUUUCUCUCCCCCUCAUUCCUUGGCCUCUUCUACCUUCUUCCAAGCCACUCUUUUCCUCUCACCCAAGUUUGAAACUUCCCAACCAACCAGGGAAGCCAAAAGAACCCCAAUGACUUCCAAGGAAGAGCUUGAUCAGGAAGAAGCCCCCAAGAGUAAUUCGAACUCUGUAGAAGCAGAGCAGCUUUCUCCCAAGGAGGCGCAGAAGGAUCCUUCGAUUCCGGUAAAAGGAACAGAGGAGAAUGAACAGAGUUCCAAAGCAGAGAGUGAAGACAACAGCGUUGAUGGCUCCGAUCAGAGACCACCCGAUGGAGCUGCGCUCGAUCACAACUCCAUAGUAGAGUCCGAAGCCCACAGCGUCGAUGGCUCCGACCAGAACUCGCCCAGAGGCGUGCUCGACUCUACAUCAAGUGCAGAAUCCGAUGGGAACAGCAGCAGCAGCGACACUUCAUCGGUGGACCGAUCGAUAGCCCCAUGCGGGACAAGACUGGAGUCCCACAGCGUGCAGUGGCGCAACCUGAUUGCAGGGUUCAUAAUGAGAAAGAAAAGGUCGAUGACGAGGCUGUCGACGUUUCCACCAGCAACCGGGAGAUCGAGCUUGCGCAGGGCCUUGGAGAGGAUCAGGAGUAGCAAGGAUGGGACCGAAAGUGGACGAAUCGUAGUGGAGGUCAAGAUGGCCAGGCCUUCAUGGAGGAGCUUCGCAUACGAAGAGCUUGCAGCUGCCACCGAUGGGUUCAGCCCAGACAAGUUGGUCGGCAAGGGAGGACAUGCAGAGGUCUAUAAAGGGUGUUUGGGUGAUGGCCAACUUGUGGCAGUGAAGAGGCUGAUAAAGAGGGAGAGCGAGGAGGAGAGGAUAGGGGAUUUCUUAUCCGAGCUUGGAAUCAUUGCUCAUGUGAACCACCCUAACGCUGCACAGCUGCUGGGGUUCAGCGUGGAAGGGGGUCUGCACCUGGUUCUGCAGUUCUCCCCUCAUGGAAGCUUGGCUUCUCUGCUCCAUGGUUCAAAGGAGGCUCUCGAUUGGAGGGUGAGGUUUCAGAUCGCCGCAGGCAUUGCAGAAGGCCUGCGCUACCUCCACGAGGGCUGCCAAAGGCGCAUAAUCCACAGAGAUAUCAAGGCCUCAAACAUACUCUUAACUGAAGACUUCCAACCUCAGAUCUCCGAUUUCGGGCUUGCAAAGUGGCUGCCAGACAAAUGGAAUCACCAUGUUGUGUUCCCCAUCGAAGGCACAUUCGGAUACUUGGCACCGGAGUACUUCAUGCACGGAGUGGUGAAUGAGAAGACGGAUGUGUUUGCCUUUGGGGUGCUGCUGCUGGAGCUCAUAACAGGAAGGCGAGCAAUUGAUUCCUCGAGACAAAGCUUGGUGAUAUGGGCUCUGUGCUUGCACCAGGCAAGACCACUGCUCGAUGCGAACAGCGUGAAGCAGCUCGUCGACCCCUCUCUCGAAGAUUCUUACGAUGCGAAGGAACUGGCACGCGCGCUGCAAGUCGCCUCAGCGUGCAUUCACCACCUCUCGACCUCGAGGCCAACCAUGAAUGAGGUGGUUCGGCUUCUGCGAGGUGAGGAGGGGCUGAUGGAGAUCAUAGGAAAAGAAUCCAAUUACAAGGUUGCUAGACCGCCAUUGAUCGAUACUUGCGACAUGGACGACUACACCUCUUCGAGGUACCUCAACGAUCUCCACCGACAUAAGCAGCUUGCUCUGGAGCAGUGAACUCGGCCAUGGACUCUCUGGUGUGCCACACCUUGUGCAUAUUCGAGUCCUAAUUGUAUGAAAGAGAGGGAGAGGCCAUGCUCACAGCUUUCAGUUGUCUUCCAAAUCUAAUCUUCAGUGUUGGAUCUGCUCUACUCUUGUUCCUUUCCUUUGGGUGUAAAUGGACUUGUUAUUGUUCAUGAUUGUUACAAGGUCAACAAUGUUUCAAAUAUGUCAUAGAUACAA